UCCCUUUACCGAUUAACAAUAUCAAAGAAAGACAAUCUUCUAUCUCCGUCUUCCUCCCUAUAUUUGGCUAACUAAUGUCUCUUUUGACUCUUUUAACUCCCACCUAGAUUUCUUAAUUCCUGCCCUUGUCGGGGGGAUUCAUCGAUCUCCAAAGAAGCGAGGAAAGGGUAAAAGAUCUUCCGGAGAAACCCUUUUUCGGCUUCACGGAGCCCUCACCGGCCAUUCUCUUUUCUUCCUCCACACGUAGCCAUACAAAAUUUGAAAAAAAAGAGAUGGAUCCGACAGAGCUAAAACGCGUGUUCCAAAUGUUUGACAAGAACGGGGACGGGACGAUCACGGGAAAAGAGCUAAGCGAGACACUACGAAGCCUCGGGAUAUACAUUCCUGACAAGGAGUUGACUCAGAUGAUCGAGAAGAUCGACGUGAAUGGUGACGGGUGCGUGGAUAUAGACGAGUUUGGGGAGCUUUACAAAACUAUAAUGGACGAAGAAGACGAAGAAGAAGAGGACAUGAAGGAAGCUUUCAAUGUGUUUGAUCAGAAUGGAGAUGGGUUUAUAACGGUGGAUGAAUUGAAAGCGGUAUUGUCUUCCUUGGGGCUCAAACAAGGUAAGACCUUGGAUGAAUGUAAGAAGAUGAUAAAGCAAGUGGAUGUUGAUGGUGAUGGGAGGGUUAACUACCAAGAGUUUAGACAAAUGAUGAAAGGCGGUGGUUUUUGUUCUUUGAGUUAAUUAAUUAAUUUUUUUUUUUUUUUGUGUGUUUUUCUUUUUGUAUUCUUGAUUUAAUUCUAUUGUUUUAGGAAUGAAAGAAAGAAAAAGAAAAACAAAUUUUAGUUGGCGCAUUUUUGUUUUGGUUUCCUAAAACAUAGUUUCCAUAUUGUUGUUGCU